CCACCUCAUGCAGCUGACUUAGGAGAUGAAAAGGAAGUUGUUUUGGAAUGUAGAUGUUCAUAGCUAGAAAAGAUGGUAGACUGAAAACCUGCUCUAAAUCCCUAAGAGAAAGAAAAAUAUUAAUGACAAAUCCGAUUUUAAAAAUGACUGAUCCACAACACAUGUAGCCUAAACAUUUAAAUACUACACAAGAUCUGAGGCAGGGUUUCAUGCAAAACUACCACAAUCUCCCUCAAAUUUUUUUGUCUUAGCAAGAAAAUCAUCAGUUAGAAAGACUGAUCCUCAUUAGGAAUAAUGUUUCAAAAUUACUUCUUCUUUUCUUUUAAGUGAUGUUGAAUCAGACUUCAGUCAUUGAAUUUCUCCUCCUGGGAUUAACAGACAUACAAGACCAACAGCCUUUUCUUUUUGCUGUUUUCCUCACAAUCUACCUUGUGAAUGUGGCUGGGAAUGGAGCUAUCCUGAUGAUUGUCAUCUCUGAUCCUAGACUCCACUCACCUAUGCAUUUCUUCCUGGGAAACCUGUCAUGUCUAUAUAUCUGCUACUCCACAGUGACACUGCCAAAGAUGCUGGAGAACUUCCUCUCUACACACAAAGCAAUGUCUUUCAUGGGAUGCAUAAGCCAACUUCAUUUCUUCCACUUCCUGGGUAGCACAGAGGCCAUGUUGCUGGCAGUGAUGGCAUUUGACCACUUUGUAGCUAUCUGCAAACCACUUCAUUACACUGUCAUCAUGAAUCCGCAGCUCUGCACCCAGAUGGCUAUCACCAUUUGGGCCACUGGAUUUUUCUAUGCCCUGUGGCACUCCAUAAUGACAUCUCACUUGAAAUUCUGUGGUCCCAACCACAUCCAUCAUUUUUUUUAA